CCGCCAUUGAAGAUCCCAACCAUAUUGCAUCAGGCUGCAAUGACAAUCUACCUUAUUAAUCCUAUGCCGGCUCAGUAAACCAUUUCAGCAUCGCCCCGGCCUUCCCAAUGCAUCGCAGCGUUGCGCCCGGAGGCGUGCGCCGUGGCCUGGGACGGUCUCAUCUUCGUGAUGCCAGCACGCCAAGCAUAGAUCGGGCAUCGACAGCAUCGCCAGCGUCUAUUGCAAGUGAUUCCACUCGUUCGACUGUCAGAGAGCUUCCUCCCCGCAAGAUGGAGCGAAUAUGUUCCGUCUCCGUGAUGGAAAUGCACUGGAAAGACGAACUGGCCCUCAACUUUGAUCUUCUUGGCCCAGAGUUUAAACCUGGGGCACAAUUCGGAAUAUGCGUUGUCAAGAAUGAGGGAGGCAAGAAUACAACCGGCAAAGGAUCCAGUUCGAAACUCGAUCAAGAUGGAGCCGACCACGGGCGAGGUUCCGCUGCCAGGGACGCCAAGGCGCUCGGCCAUCGAUACAUAUUUGCAGCAAAGGACAUGGCCCGAGAUACGAAGCUGCGCAACCCGGAUGUUGAGAUUUGCAUCGCAAAACAGAUUGCCGAUGCAUUUGGAAUAAAACGAGGAAGCCAGGUGCUAUUGGCGCCGGUCGAUGAUGAUAAUCCUGCGCUAGAAGCUUCUUAUGUAGAGCUUUCAUUCAAGGAGCAAUACAUAUCCCGCGCAGACAUGUGGCGUCUAACUGUCAGCGAGCUCACCAACCGAACCAUUUACAAAGGCCAAACGAUCCUCUUUAUGGGCACCAUCAAAGCCCAAGUCAACACUGUGUUUGCAAAUGAACAGAGUGUGCACUCGGCCGUCUUUGCUCGCGACACUCGACCCAUUUUUCGCAGUGAAUCCGCCCGAUAUGUGCUUUUCAUACAAAUGUCCAAAGAGAUGUGGGACUUUGACACAGAGGGCUCGGGAGAGAUCAUGUUUAACAAAGUGGUCAAUGGAUUCUUGCCUUCUUUGUUCAAGCGAUGGGAAUUGCUCAAAGCUAAACAUCUCGUCAGCAUCGUCUUAUUUGCCCGCGUGGAAUACGACACUGGACUGACUACCGAUCUCGCAAAUCAUGGGCUGUUAAAUGAUUAUUAUACGGGAUUCCAAACCCACGGUAACAGACGCCCAUACAAGGACUUUUACAGAGUUGUUGUGAGCGAAAUGGCCAGUGGGGAAUGGACUAAAAUCCUUUACCAGUUGAAGCGAGAACUCAACUACUUCCGUCGCGACAUCAGUCUCCACCAUCAAACGUAUCAAGGAUCCAAUAUGGACAGCGACAAUCAGGAAGCGCUCAGCCACAUCACAGCCGAAUCAUCUCUAUCCAUACAUGGCAACAUUCUAGAGGCAUUCCAUCUAGCUUCUUCGUUGUUUGCCCAUGAUUACAUUGAUCGAGACUUGACGAGAACAGGUGUCUCAAUAGCUAUCAUCACACCAGGUUCCGGUGUUUUUGAGGUCGACUACGAAACGUUCCGCAGAACAAGUGAAGCGCUCGUGGGUAACGGUAUAGGCAUAGAUUUGAUAUGUAUGCCACGCAUGCCUCUCCAUUCUGUCCCUCUUUUCAAAUACCGAAAUCCUCACUUCAACGACGCCUCCCGUGACAAGGGGCAUGACGCUCUGUCCAAAUCAUACACUAGCCGCGACAGCCCUAACAGCCAGCCUACGCCAAUUAUCGGAAGUUAUCAGUCAUUUACUGACUCCUUCUCGCCCUCCAAAUCGGGUCAGAUGAGCCGACACGUGGAGUCGAUGAUCUUGAGGCAUUCGGAUGAGUGGUGCUACGCUCUCCCGCAAUGGCUUCAUGUUGCAUUUUGGACUGGUAUGUCCGAUGAGGCGCUUUCCUACGAAGGCAUUGCACUGUCGGUCUCAAAUCAGGUUCAAGAUGUUGAAGACGAGCACUUUACUCUGCGAUGUCGCAUGUACGAGCUUCAAAUGCAGAGCGUUCUGGACACCAAUGAGAUUGAAACAGCCCCAAUCCGCUCAGAAUACAAUUUUCCUGCAACUUCAUUAAUAACGGCUAAACGCCAUACUAAUGAUGAGGAGGUCUAUGUACCAUUCCGACAUGCCCCGGAGACGAUGGUGAAUCAUGUCUACGGCUUUUCAAGAUUCGCGCCAGAGAAAAUGGGUCGAUCUGGCGACAUCUCUAUCUGGAAGCAGUUGCAAGAGAUGGAUGAUUCCAGAGCCCGCAUUCUAACAAGAACAAGAAGACAUCGACACCAUAACAAAACUCUUAGCGACGCCGAUGAAGCAUCCCGACGAAGGAGACAUGAUGACAUUGCGGUUCUGGGAACAUCCUUCCCAGAACGCAAGGAUGUGUCUGCUGGCAUGGCGUCAGCUCGCAAGUUAUCUAUGUCAAUGGCAGAUAAUGGUCAGUCAUCAGCUCUUCAAGUCAAGAAGACGUCGGAUUUGGCGUUGAAGGCACCUACGAUGUUUAAGCCUCCAAAGAUGAUGCGCCAUAUUAGCCUGGGUCAACGCGGCUUUGGCAUUGCGGCUCCAAAAGCAGUUGCCGCCGAGGUCAAAGCCGAAACUGUUAAUGCUGCCGUCGCAAUUCCGGAAAUCAGGCCACCGUCUAAUCCUCUCUCGCUAGCGGAUUUCCGUCCUUCCACUCCACGAAGCAUAAGAAGCUCCUCGUCAAUGCUGUCUAUCCGCAAACCAAAGCCAGAACCUAGCGAACCAAACCUUGAGACGAUACCAGCAACGCCAAGCAUACCUAUUAUCACAAGAGAUGACAGACCAGGAUCAUCGAGCAGUCGCCAAGGCAAACCGGCAGGGGAGUCGCAAUUAAUACAAAAGUUUUUGCCAGAUAAGCCGCAAGAAGAGAAGGAAGUUCGCUACUCUACUGCCCUACGAAGCGAAGAUAUGCAGAAGAUGUAUACCAAUAAGCUUCGUGCAGGCGUGAUGCCUGGAUUGGGACCGGAAUUGCCCUCUGUGUUGUCCCCAAAGGCAGCCGCUUUGCCAUGGUUACAAUUAUACAAUCCUUCUAACCCGAAUGCGCAGCAUAUCGACGAUACUUUGUUGUACAGUCGAUGGCAGCACGUGUUCCCACAUAUAACAAAUAUGAAGGUUCAGAAAUGGAAAACGUUGUGUUGCCCAGCUGCUGUACCUCUAACAACCGAAUACUUUCCAUCAAAGGCUCAAUUCGAUGCGGAAUACCAGCGACAUCCGUAUAAUAUCGACGAAAACGGUGAUGAUGACACUUUAGACGAGUCAAAAUCACGAAAUGAGUUUAUGAAGGAGUUAAUAAAUGUGCGUCUAUCUCAGGGCUUUCAAGUCAUUGUUGGGCCAGCGGUUGCCAAGGCCUUUGGCCAAAAAGUCAUCAAAAUUGCCGACAUCUUUGCUGGCGACCAAGCGCUAGAAGACGGAACAAGUGUAUUCCUGUCGGUUGGAAACACUAUCCACCAGCUUUCUUGUAUCAAUGGAACGGAAGUGGAAGUGAAUAUCUACGUACGCAAACCCCACGAGUUCGAAACGCCAAACACCUUCCACGCGGUCUAUAGACCAGCCAUUCGCACGCUGCUAGAGAGGAGCUACCAAACCCGCCCAAUCAACAUCCUUACUCCAAAACCGGAGCGAAACUGGAACAUGAUUGAUUCUUACCUAGCUGGCCAUCAUGAUGAGAUGACUGACAGCUUGCGUUUCUGGCGCACCCGAUAUGUCCUUAUCCCGAUGAGUAUGCGUCACGCCUCAUCUCAUCGUCCGCAUGUCGAUGACAACCCAGAAGAAGUUCGAAUUGAAGGUAUCAAGAAGCUUGCUCAACUAUGGAAGAAGCAUCGGUACGUACCUGCCUCUGAGAAGCAAUAUCAGUCCAAGGCUCGUCGCCGUCAAAUGGAUCACAAUCCACUAGACAUUGUCUAUAAAACAGACGAUCCCUCUGUUGUUGUUGCGGCCGAGUUGGAGACGCUCCCAACUACAGAAGGUCUCGAUGGUAUUCAGCGGAAGGGACACCUUAUUAGUAGAAAAGACCUUUUCCGCAAAUCCAAUCUGAACCUGGCUGCGUUGGCAGAGGCCAUGCAACAACCGGUGGAAAAUGGCGGCGUUCCUCUACGCAACCGCCGUUGGCAUCUGCGCACCCAUUACAACAGUUUCAUCGGAUCCGAUAUGACAUCUUGGAUAAUGGACAAUUUCGAAGAUCUGGAUACUCGUGAAGAUGCUGAAAUGUUUGGCAAUGCGCUUAUGGUCCAUGAAGAGAGGCAGCGCGACAAGGAUAAGGACAGAGAAGGGGACAAAGAAAAGGAUAAAGAGCACUCUGAAUCUCGACCUGAGAAGCCUAAGGGACUUUUCAUCCACGUGGAAAAGAGACACCGAUUCCGAGAUGGAAACUAUUACUAUCAAUUCUGCAGCGAAUACUCCAAAUCACAACACGGAUGGUUUAGUACAAGACGCAAAGAGGCGCUAUCGGCAACACCGCUUCACGAAUCUCGAGAUUCUCCACGCGCAGCGCAACCGCGCACAGGUGCUACAGAGUCACCAUCUCUCCCAGCAACGGGAGCAGCAGGCUCUGCGCGCAAGAAGCGUCCUCGCGUGACGCUGAGCAAGGUGAUCAAGUAUGACGUGGACCCACGAAAGCGAUCCUACCGGCCAGAGCGUGUCGAUCUGCACUAUGAUCGCCUCCACAACCCUGACAACUGCUUCCACAUCCGGGUUGACUGGAUGAACACGACAUCCAAACUAGUAGCUGACGCUGUCGAGCUCUGGGAGCGUGAGGCCAGCUCGUAUGGUCUGCGCCUGGUCGAGCUGCCCAUCAAGGAAGCCUGUAGGAUUACGGAAGAUAACCCCUUUCGCAAUCCGUACAAGAUCGUCCUUGCAGCUCGCCCUCCCGACGAACAGCCCAAGACAUACCUCGGCCCCAAUUCGUUUGGCCCGCAGGACGUCCGCAUCAAGCACUUCUACCAAGUCGCCAUCCUAAAGCACUUUGACUUUGUGCUCGAUACCGAAGCAGCCACCAACUUCCCCAGCAACGUCGACGUUCACUUCUCCUGGGGCCAGCCCGACUACCGCUACACGCAGUACAUCCACCGGUCCGGUCUCAUCAUCACCCAAAUCACCGAUGAAGGCACCUUUCUGCUACUGGCCAACCGCCUGUAUAGCAAGCGCAGCGUUGUUGCCCGCGACCUGCGCACACAAAACACCCCCAUGCCCUCAGAGUUCCAAAACACAGCCCGCUCCGGCCGCAUGAUGUCCAUGGCAAUGGCUAUGGCCAAUACAGACUCCACGUCGCCCAUGUCGUCGCCUGCCGUUAAGCCCACUACCACCAUCAGCACAAGCCACCUCUCGCCCGCCUUCUCUGCGGCCGAUUCAACCACCACCACGCACGCAGCUCCGCCCCGAACCGGUAGCAUUGCGCCCGUCAACAUCAACUUCAAAGAGGCCGAGGCUGUAAAGGAUGCUCUAGAGUCCUUCUGCGCAGAUGCCGAAACCCUCGAGGCCUUCUAUAAGCAUCUUCUUGAGAGAGACGAGCAUAUCCCAGGCACUCCGCAAACCGCAUCGAGUAUACCGCCGCCUCUCUCGCUCGAAACAGAUCUCGACGCCCACAUCCCAGCACUAGGCUUAGGCCCGGGUGUCUUGGGACAGGAGGCGCUAAGUGCUGCGCCCGGAGCAGCCAUGUCGAGUGCCGUCAAGACUGGUAGCCCCAUGUCCUUUUUGCGACGAGGCAGUGUUCAGUACGACGGAUUGGGGCUCGGCUCCAAAAGUACCCCCGCCACCAGCCGCAAGGACGCCUCGUGAAAUACACUAAGCAGGCGGUGUUUGUAUAAUUAUCAUUUAGUUUCACGUAUAAUGUAGCAAUUGAGCGAUUUA